AUGUGUCUAUGUGGAUGUGGCUAUGUGGAUGUGGCUGUGUGGAUGUGGCUUUGUGGAUGUGUCUAUGUGGAUGUGGCUGUGUUGAUGUGCCUGUGUGGAUGUGGCUGUGUGGAUGUAGCUUUGUGGAUGUGUCUAUGUGGAUGUGUCUAUGUGGAUGUGGCUGUGUGGAUGUGUCUUUGUGGAUGUGUCUGUGUGGAUGUGGCUGUGUUGAUGUUCAUGUGUGGAUGUUCAUGUGUGGAUGUUCCUGUGUGGAUGUGCUUGUGUGGAUGUGUUUGUGUGGAUGUGUCUAUGUGGAUGUGCCUGUGUGUAUGUGCCUGUGUGGAUGUUCAUGUGUGGAUGUUCCUGUGUGGAUGUGGCUGUGUGGAUGUGGCUAUGUGGAUGUGUCUAUGUGGAUGUGUCUGUGUGGAUGUAGCUAUGUGGAUGUGA